AUGGUUCAGGUGUUUUGCGGGAGCAGCACGAGCAGGAAUAGGAAUACUUUCACUCGUUUCUUUUCCCCGCAAAAACAGAUAAGGCGGCGGAAUUGCAUCGUCGCAAACUCAUCGUCAUCUUUUCAGCGCGAGCAACAGAGAACGAUCAGAGGCAUCUCUCUGUUGAACGAGACAGACAACAAAAACGUGCACCCGUCGCACGUGCUCUGUCCGGAUGAUUUUAUGCCAUCACCAACGGAUGACGAAGAUGCAACAAAAUUUGAACUCCCGAGGAAAAAAAUCCCAAUAGCUUUAGUCUUGGCGUACGUGGGCGAUACGUUUAAAGGGAACACGCAGAACGUGAUGCUCCCGAGAGGAAGCACGGUAGAUGACGUCAUCGAAGACGCGAUAUAUAAAGCCGGAGGGAUUUUAUUCUCGAAUUAUCGAUCGAAAGGGUUAUCUCGCUUGAAAUGGUCCAGGAGUUCGAGGACGGAUAAAGGCGUGUCGAGUUUGUUUACCGUGGUCGGGCUGAGGAUGGAAGCGCCGGUGAGAGCGUACGGAGGAGGAAAAGAAGUUGUUGGUGAAGAGGAGACAAAUGAUGAGGAGGACGAGAGAAAGAGUAGUAGUCGUAAUAGAAGUAGUAAAAGGAGUGAAGAAGAAGAAGAAGAAGACGACGCGGAGGCGAAAGCGUUGAUAGUGGAGAAAAUCAACCGACACUUACCGACGGAUACGGUGAAAGCGUUCGCGUGCUUCAAGGCGACGAAAUCGUUCGAUGCCAGACGCGCGGCGAUUUCGAGAACGUACGAGUAUUUACUCCCUCUGAAGUGUUUGCGAGAUGAUAAAAACGGCGAACUCGAGAUGUUUCGAGAGGCGUUGAAGACCUUCGAAGGCUCGCAUCCGUUUCAUAACUACACCAAGAGAGGGUUGUACGGCGCCGGAAAAGGGAACGAUAAAAAUCGAAAAGGCGGCAGAGGUAAUCGAAACAAAAAGAACGCGUUGACCGAGGACGACGACGGGUUAGGAGAGACGUCGUCGUCUGAAGAACAAGAAUUAGAAGAAGAAGAAGAAAAAGAAUUACCUAAGCGCAUCGAGACGAGCGGCAAACACACGUAUUGGCUGUUGGAAAAAGACGUCGACGAUCUCGUGCACGUCAUGCACUAUCGACGAAUACACGAAUUUACGUGUUCGAAAGAACCGGAAAUCAUAGAAGGAUUCGAGUCGUACCCGUUCGUUCGGGUUAAAGUCUACGGCGAAAGUUUCAUGUUGCACCAAAUCCGCAAGAUGAUUGCCACCGCGGUGUUGGUCGCGUUGGAUAGCGAAGAAACGCCGACGAUGCCGCUGAGUUUUAUCAAAGCGAGUCUGUGUCGCCCGUGUCGAGUGGUUACCCCGAUGGCACCACCGUUGACUUUAUUUCUAACCGGCGCUGAGUUUAUGAGUUUCCGCAAAACGAAUCACGAAGAAAAAACUCGAGCGGCAAAAGCGGAGGAGGAGGAGGAGAGCGAAGAGGAAGAUGACAAAGAGACGGAAAAAGGAAAACUUCGUUCGUUGACUAUUAGCGAGGAGACGAAAAACGACAUCGACCGAUUCCGUCGCGAACAUCUGUACCCGAAACUCGCGGAAUCCUUCAGCAAUCAAGACUGGGACUUCUUCAUCGAAAACGUGCGAAACGUCGAGCCGACUCGCGAGGAGUAUUUGAACAUCGUGAAACAAUACGAAAGUUACGACGAGAUGAGAAAAAUCCGCGCGAAAGAAAAAGAAGAAGAGGAGGAAGAAGCAUCGAUGAUCGAAAAGAGUUUACUAUAA